AUGUCAAACAUGCAGCGUUAUCUGGCCGAGAAGUACAUGAGUGGGCCCAAGGCAGACGCUAUACUAGCGAGAGACGCGCCAAAGAAAAAGAAGAAACGAAAACAAGGCGCAGUGUCGAGUGGUAGUGGCAGCGUUGGCAUUGUCGACGAAGACGCGAGCUGGGCGGCACCUGUGGAUCAAAACGAAGACGAGGAUGAAGUAGAAGCCGUUGUGGCUAGUGAUAGGACGUUUAAGAAGCGUAGGCGAGUUGCAGAUGAUGGCGGCUGGGUCUCGCUUCCACCCCCCGGCGCUGACUCCAUCAACCAACAGCCUGAAGAAGCAGAGGAUGAAAAGCCCGUCGUUGUCGUAGAACCAGAGGCGCCAAAGAAGUCUGGAGGGCUACUCUCCCAUGCAGAGUUGCGGAAAAAGCUGGGAACGGACGUGUCUACUACGUCAACAGAUGCAAAACCGACUCCUGAGCAAAUGGAGACGGUCUAUCGAGAUGCGAGCGGACGCAAGAUUGACACCAAGGCCGCAAAGGCUGAAGCCGCGAGGCAGAAACGAGAACAGGAGGAGCAGGAAGCGAAACGUAUGCAAUGGGGAAAGGGUAUCGUGCAGAGACAAGAAGCCCAGGAUAAAAGACGAGAAAUGGAGCUGGAGCGUGGUCGUGGCUUCGAGAGGCGGAGAGAUGACGAAGCAUUGAAUGCGAUGCAAAAGGAGGAGAUGAGAUGGAAUGAUCCAGCCGCCGCCUUUCUCUCCAAACCUCAGACCAAAGGUCCCAAAAAGCCCGAGUACAAAGGUCCACCACCUCCGCCAAAUCGGUUCGGGAUCAAACCUGGUUAUCGAUGGGAUGGUGUUGACCGUAGUAAUGGGUUCGAGAAAAAGUAUUUCCAGCGGUUGAACGAGCGACAGCGCGUAGGCCAGGAGGCUUAUCAGUGGAGUGUCGACGACAUGUAA